CGCACCUUUGAGGUAAUUUUCGACUCUUUUCCCUACCACUUCCACUCAGAAAUCUUAGACGGUAAAUUGGAGAUCCAGAAUAAGACUGGCGAUACAUAUUUGGACAUUGCUGUGGAAGUACAUGAAGAUCUCGAUAAUCUCUAUCUCCAAUAUGCCAUCGCUUUAGACUUGGGCGAAAGCAACUAUACAACACUCGUGAAUCGUACGAUAAAUUAUUGCAAGUUUCUUAAGCAGCAUUCAAUGGAGCCACUACUACGUCUAAUUUACGAAGAUUUACUGAAACAGGGUAAUUUCAUCAAGCGAUGUCCUGUUAAGAAGGGUAACUACACAGUGCGCGGAUACCGUGUCGAUGAAGAGACAUUGCCGAGUUAUGUGCCUGAAGCUAAAUUUCUCGGAGACAUCAAGUUGCUCCACACCAAUGGACAGGUGUUCUUCGAGGGUCAGCUACAUGGCAAGAUCGAUAAAUCGAAAGGAUUCAACAAUUUGAAAAGCUUCAGUUUGGGCUGAUGAGAUAAGCAGAAUGUGAAGCGUUAAUUAUAUACAUACAUAUAUGUAUGUAUACUAAAAUAUUAAA